CCUCCGGGGUCCCACAUCAUCCUCUCGAGAUACGUGUCCCACUCAAUCUCCUCCGUGAUUUUUCAUUUUCCUUUCUAGCUCCCAAGAAAAUCACACGCAUUUUUAUUUUUAUUUUUAAUUUUUAUUAUUAUUAUUAUUUUUUAAAGAAAAUGUAAAACAAAGCGAAAGGGAAAGAGAAAGAGAAAGAGAAAGAUUCGAGGUGUUGAACAAAAUCCCAGCAGGGGCAGCAGAAACUUAUAAAAAAUAAAAAUAAAAAUAAAAAAGAGAGAGAAAUGAAGAGCAACAGCACAAAUACAAAGCUCAUUCUUCUCCACCCUUCCUCAAUCCACAAACAGAACGGAAAUGGCGGUGGUGGAAUCGGGGUGGUGGGUUCUCACCGACUUUGGCUCAUCUUCUUUGUUACCUUCUUCACCUUGGCUUUCACUCUCACUCUCAUCAACUCCACCAUUCCAACCCCUCCACUUUCAAACCAUCCCAAUCCCAGUUUCGCUUCCACUUCGCCGUUCUCUCCCUCCGUCGCUGACGCCCUCCUCCACUACGCUUCCAUCUCCAACUCCACCACCACCCACAUGUCCUCCGCCGAGCUCGCCUCCAUCUCCGCUGCCCUCCGCCGCUGCUCUCCUUCUUGUAACUUCCUCAUCUUCGGUCUAACCCACGAGUCCCUCCUCUGGCACGCUCUCAACUACAACGGCCGCUCCGUAAUUCUCGACGAGAGCGAGUUUCUGAUCUCCAAAUUCGAACAGUCACAUCCCGGAAUCGAAGCGUACGACGUGCAGUUCACGACCAAAGUGAAGGAUUUUCCCGAGCUUCUCUCGCAUGCGAAAGAACGGGUUCGGGAUGAGUGCCGGCCGGUUCAGAAUUUGCUGUUCUCCGAUUGUAAGCUCGGGAUUAACGAUUUGCCGAACCAUAUUUAUCAGGUGCCUUGGGAUGUGAUCCUGGUGGACGGUCCACGUGGGUAUUUUCAGGGGGCGCCGGGGAGGAUGUCGGCGAUUUUCACGGCGGGAGUGCUGGCGAGGAGCAAGAAAGGCGGCGGUGCGAAAACCCAUGUGUUUGUUCAUGAUUUCGAUAGGGAAGUUGAGAGGAUUUCAAGCGAGGAGUUUCUCUGCGAAGAGAAUUUGGUUGAGAAUGUGGAUAUGUUGGGGCAUUUCGUGGUGGAUAGGAAAGGAGUUCAGAGUUAUGCGUUUUGUACAAAUUCAACAACAUCGUCGUCGUUGUCUAAAACUCCAUCCUCGUCGUUGUCUUCGGCGGCUGAAGACGACCCCAGUGACGAAGACGAUGAUAACUGAGAAAAAGGGAUUUUUAUUGUUUGUAAUUAUGUUCUUAUUUUUGUUUUUUUUUUUUUUUUAAAUUAUAUAAAAGGGGGAUUAUAUAUAUAUAUAUCUUAAAACAAAAAAAUGAUGAAAUUAUCAUUUUCUGGAUAUCUGAAGAGCCUUUUUAGCAGAUAUUGCUGUUUGGUUAGUGAGAAAGAGUGGGAAAAAUGACAGCGAAAUGUAUUUUGAAUCUUUAAGAGCUAUGAAAGAAAGACUACAUUUGACUUAGUCCA